UGACAGCACAUCCGUCGUACAUCUCACGUGUUGUACCUAAAUAUACAGCACAAAGAUCAUUACACAUUCGCAUUCGAUUCUAGUUUGAACUGAGUUCCAGUAUUCGACUUCGGAGCCAUCUAUCCGGGUAUCGAACAGACAGGAAAGACCGGCAUUGCAGCGUUGACCGAGACUCCUAAUCAUCAAGAACGGCGCAUCAUGGCAUCAGAAGAAGAGUUCCAGCUGUUCACCUCUUUGAGAUAUGAUCCGUUACUCCUUAAAUCAGAGGAAAACUCAAGAGCCAUCUUAAACUUCGUUAAGCCGUCACCAUUCUACAUGCUUGCGUAUCACCGAGAUCGCAUGGUGGAAGCCGCACAGCACUUUGACUUCUUCGAAGUUGAGAAAAGACUGAAAGAUGGGAAAGCAUUGCACGAAGAACUCUUGAAGCGAGUGCAAGACGAGGUCAAGAAAACAGGAAAAGAUGAAGCAAUGAAGCUCCGGCUCCUGUUCGACAAAGCCGCCAACCUGACCGUCGAAUGUACUCCAAUACCAGCUGUCCCUCUGUCGACCCUCUAUCCUCCAUCUCUAGACCCACCAAAACCAUCUCAACCCCAACACCCAGCCAACACCAGCACCAACGCAUUCACGCCCUCUCCCCUGACAGGCGGCGCCCUCCAUCUCGGCCCCACAGACACUCUCCCAGCCGGCGAUUCAUCACAGCCCCCUACCCCACCAGAAUGGAAAAUAGCCCUCGACAAAGCCCCCACCCCCUCUUCCCCCUUCACCCUCCUUAAAACCACGAAACGCGAUAUGUACGACCAAAGUCGCGAACGUGCCUUACCUCUCAACCCUGCCGGCCCCGCUUACCGCGAAGUAAUGCUCUACAACGAAGUCAACGAGCUAACCGAAGGCACACUAACCUCCCUGUACUUAUUCCGUGGGGGAAGGUGGGUAACACCGCCUGUGGGUGUGCCGUCAGGCGAGUUUACGAGUAAGACGUUGAAGGAUGAUGGGGCUGAUGAAGGCGAGUUGAGGAAGCCUUUUGCGGGAAGGUGGGGACAUAGUACGAGGAGUGCGAAGGUGGGGGCGGGAGGGCAGAGGGGGACGAGUAGGAGGUGGGCGUUGGGAAGUGGGUUCUGUAUGGAGGAGCCGGUGGGGAUUGAUACUGUGAGUGUGGGGGAGGGGGUAUGGGUUAGUAAUGGUGUUAGGGGGUUUGGGUUCGGGAGGGUUGUUGGGUAG